AUGUCUCUGAUUCCAAGCUUCUUUGGCAAUCGCAGGAGCAACGUGUUCGACCCAUUCUCCCUGGACGUGUGGGACCCACUCGAGGGCUUCCCCUUCUCCGACAAGGAAACUUCGGCGGUGGCGAACGCGCGCAUAGACUGGAAGGAGACGCCGGAGGCCCACGUGUUCAAGGUGGAUGUUCCAGGCCUGAAGAAGGAGGAAGUGAAGGUGGAGGUGGAGGACAACUCCAUCCUCCGGAUCAGUGGGGAGAGGAGCAAGGAGCUGGAGGAUAAGAAUGACAGGUGGCACCGCGUGGAGAGGAGCUCCGGCAAGUUCCUCCGCCGUUUCAGGCUGCCGGAGAAUGCGAAGCUGGAUCAGGUGAAGGCGGGUAUGGAGAAUGGGGUGCUCACGGUGACUGUGCCUAAGGAGGAGGUGAAGAAGCGGGAGACCAAGGCUAUCGACAUCUCCGGUUGA